UCGGAACUGUGCAGCUCCAGGGCAAGUUACCGAGGUAUGACGGUACACCCAGCGGAGGCUUUCUCCUUGAGUCCAUUAUUCAUGUGAGACGGGCAGGCGGUUGUGUGUCUGUCUGGAGUGACAGACUGCACUGUAGCACAGAUUCCAGUAGGCGCCCUUCUCGUCAUGCGCUCUCUCAGGGACGCAGCUUGACGCACUCAGGAGGACGGUCCUCGGCUGUCACGCCGCCGAGGGAGCCAAACUUUGCGCUUUCUCCUCCUCUUUCCUUGCGUUUCUUUUCUCUUUUUUGGCUUAAUAAGGCGCAUCACCUUCCAUCGCAUACCUUCGCUUGAGGAUUUCCACAUUUACGCGAGGAAUUCCCUCCUCCUCCUCCUCCUCCUCAUCCUCCAUCCAACAGAGGAGAGGGAGAGCGCGUCUGCGUCCUGCGGAGCGGUUCAUGCCGGAUAAAGUUUAUGGACGCAUCGGUGGAGGACAGAGGGCAAAAAAAGCACGCAGCUGCACACUUUUGGAUAAACUUAUCGGGAAAGUCUCCUUUGUGGCAGAAAUGGGCACCUUGCGCGACCUCCAGUACGCGCUCCAGGAGAAGAUCGAAGAGCUGCGCCAGAGAGACGCGCUCAUCGACGAGCUGGAACUGGAGCUCGACCAGAAGGACGAGCUCAUCCAGAGGCUACAGAACGAGCUGGACAAAUACCGAUCCGUUAUCAAACCGGCGACGCAGCAGGUCCACAAGCACUCCGAGCUGCAGGAGCAUCAGCGGACGAAGAGGCAGGCGAUUUCGGCUGAACCCACCGCCUUCGACAUCCACGAUCUCAGCCAUGUCACACUGCCCUUCUACCACAAAAGCCCACAGUCUAAAGAUCUGAUCAAGGAGGCUAUCUUGGACAAUGAUUUCAUGAAGAAUCUGGAGCUGUCCCAGAUCCAGGAGAUUGUGGACUGCAUGUACCCCGUGGAGUAUGGCAAAGACAGCUGUAUCAUCAAGGAGGGCGACGUGGGCUCCCUGGUCUAUGUCAUGGAAGACGGGAAGGUGGAGGUGACGAAGGAAAGCCUGAAGCUCUGCACCAUGGGGCCAGGAAAGGUGUUUGGAGAGCUGGCUAUUCUCUACAACUGCACCAGGACCGCCACUGUCAAGACUCUUACAAAUGUGAAGCUGUGGGCCAUUGACCGGCAAUGUUUUCAGACCAUUAUGAUGAGGACGGGCCUCAUCAAGCACACAGAGUAUAUGGAGUUUCUGAAAAGUGUCCCCUCAUUCCACGGCCUGCAGGAAGAUAUUCUCAGCAAGCUGGCUGACGUCCUUGAGGAGACGCAUUAUGAAGACGGAGAAUAUAUCAUCAGGCAAGGAGCCAGAGGAGACACCUUCUUCAUCAUCAGUAAGGGCAAGGUUAAUGUCACCAGAGAGGACGUCCCCAACGGCGAGCCCGUCUACCUGCGCACCCUGGGCAAAGGAGACUGGUUUGGAGAAAAAGCCCUACAAGGAGAGGAUGUCAGGACGGCAAACGUGAUUGCAGCAGAGGCCGUCACCUGUCUAGUCAUCGACCGAGACUCAUUCAAGCAUCUGAUUGGAGGUUUGGAGGAUGUGUCCUGCAAAGGCCACGAGGACGCUGAUGCAAAAGCGAAGUAUGAAGCAGAGAAUGCGUUUUUCUUCAGUCUCAACUUAGCUGACUUCAACAUCAUCGACACUCUUGGGGUUGGCGGUUUUGGACGCGUGGAACUGGUUCAGCUCAAAAGCGAUGAAAGUAAAACCUUUGCAAUGAAGAUUCUGAAGAAGCGGCACAUUGUUGACACGAGACAGCAGGAACACAUCCGUUCAGAAAAACUCAUCAUGCAAGAGGCCCACUCUGACUUCAUUGUUCGACUCUAUAGAACAUUCAAAGACAGCAAGUACCUCUACAUGUUGAUGGAAGCUUGUUUAGGAGGAGAACUUUGGACCAUUCUUCGAGACCGUGGUUCAUUUGAGGACUCGACCACCAGGUUCUACACAGCCUGUGUGGUGGAGGCCUUUGCCUACCUGCAUUCCAAAGGAAUCAUCUACAGAGACCUCAAACCAGAGAACCUUAUAUUGGAUCACCGGGGUUACGCCAAAUUGGUAGAUUUUGGCUUUGCUAAGAAGAUUGGGUUUGGGAAGAAGACUUGGACCUUUUGUGGUACGCCGGAGUAUGUGGCACCAGAGAUCAUUCUAAACAAGGGUCACGACAUCUCAGCCGAUUACUGGUCUCUAGGAAUUCUCAUGUUUGAGCUCUUAACUGGCAGCCCACCAUUCUCUGGCCCUGACCCCAUGAAAACAUACAACAUCAUCCUUCGGGGUAUCGACAUGAUUGAAUUUCCAAAGAAGAUUACCAAAAAUGCUGCCAACCUAAUCAAAAAGCUAUGCAGGGAUAAUCCUUCAGAAAGACUGGGAAACUUGAAAAAUGGUGUCAAAGACAUCCAAAAGCACAAAUGGUUUGAGGGCUUUAACUGGGAGGGCUUAAAGAAGGGGACAUUGACGCCUCCUAUUAUCCCUAAAGUCACAUCAGCAACCGACACAAGUAACUUCGAUAGCUUCCCAGAGGACAAUGAAGACCCGCCCCCUGAUGACAACACUGGCUGGGAUGUCGAUUUUUGAAGUCCUCAUCUUCCCCCCCCCAAACCAAAAGAAACUCUUCUUUUGUUGGCUUGGAGACUGUCUUGAGGACACAACUGUAAAGACUGCAUUAAAAGUGAACUAGAUGAUGGAGAAAUGGAUGAAUGGCGCCCUCUGGGUCACCGAUAUGCCUUUAUUUCACUGUGGCUCUGGAUCAAGCAUUUAUAAGGGGGAAUGCUGUAGCACUUCAGUGUUGUCUUACACGCGGCUUAAAAGGCAAAAGUGAACGAAAGUGCAGGGAUACACAAAAACAGAACGGAGGCUGGUGACAGAGCCAGAUUUUCUCAUAUAGCAAGGAGAACAGGUAUUUCGUAAGUGGAUGAAAGGUUGAUAGUCUAUAAUAAGUGUUGGUGGGUCACUGGAAAAAAAAUGAGGGGGCUGAUGAUUCUUUUCUGUUUCUCCUGAAUGUUUGAUGAAAUGAGCAGUGGACUUUUGGGAAGCCAGCUGUAGCAUCUGGUACUUUUCCUCAACGGAAAACCAGAUCUGCACACUAAGGUUUGUGCUCAAGACUAACGUGAAUGUCACUGAUUUUCUAAUCAUUGGGAUGUCCACAUGGCAUACUACAGUAUGUGCAGUGUUUGAAAAUACAAGUUACUUUCUCACACAUGAACAUAAAGGCUAAAAUCAAAUACUUAGUACACUUUAUAUAAGAUUAACUUACCUUGAAAAGCACAAACACUGUGCAUUCAGUGGAUAGAGAUGUGAAUCUUCAAGUGCCCUACUUAAAAAUUUAAUGAUUCCCACACCGACACACGUGCAAUGUCAGUAUUUCAUGCAGCAAUGUGUUAUUAUGCACUUAAGACCAUUAACUGAAAGAAGAAUAGCUGUUCUAGCCAACUUUUAGCAUCAGUAAUUCACAUAUCCCGAAUUAUUUUUGUGUUAUCUUGAAAAAUGAAUGCUUCUUUCUGCACCUACCCAUGACUUCAAUUUCUUUUUAAAUCACCUAAAUGCCUCUUCCCAGUCAAACAAACAGGAUGUCAUGUGUUUGCUCCUGUAUAGUUCUGAAAUAACUGUGAACAUGGUUUAAUUGUCUUUGGUGCUGUUAUUGAUAACUUAUCGUAAAGCAAUGGUGAGAUGACAGUACUUGUUAUUGUUUUUGUAUAGUAAUUUUUUUGUGCUUAAUUUUUUUGUAAUGUACUUGACUUCCUUCCUUAGAAAAUUGGAGAAUUGUGUCAAUUUGUAAACUUGAGUGAAAUUUUAUCUCUCUACACCAUGUUACGGUGAGCUAAGUGGUGUUUUGAAGUUUUUAAGCAGGUCCAACCAUGUUUCUCAGAGUGCACCCAUUCAUUCACUCUUUACCUCAUUCAUAAGAUCGCAACACUCUCCUUGUUUUCAUCCAUACAGAAAUUUACAGAUAUCACUUUUAGUGGCAUGACAGUAUUUGUACUGACACCUAGUGUUGAGAUUUCAAAUUGCAACCAGAUCAGGCACUGAAUUUUGUCCCUCCCUUUCCAAGCGUGAGCUUGUGUGCUUAUGACAAAGCUGAAAAGGAGACACGUCACACUGUAGACUAAAAUGCUGACCGA